AUGGCAGAGUGUCUCUUUUUCCUGAAAAGAAGGGUAAGGUUGGAAGAGUCAGAGACAGGUCUUUGCUUCUGAAAAAGCUACAAAUACCUUUGCCUUUGACAGAUUUAAGAAAACUAAGGUUACUUUUGUCUUUUCACUCCAUUGAACUUCAAGAUAUGCAUCCACUGCUUCCACUGAGAGAGGAAGAAAGAAAAAACAAGAUGAAAAUGAGAGAAGGUUGAAGAGAGAGAAUAUCAUAUCAUAGUGUAGUAUAGUGUGUUGGUGUGGCUACUUUGGAGACAGAAAAACCAGACCAACUUAUUUGGCUCUGGUUUAUGUUUGUGUUAUGUAAAUUCCUCUUCACAGUCUUCUUCUCUUUCACGUAAUUUUCCGAAAGCCAAAGAAAGAAAGACAAGAAAAAAUUUGAUUUUUUUUUUAAUCUUACCCUGAUCCUGAAUUUGUUCGGUUUCUUCUUUCUGACAAUGUUGGAACUUCAGCAUUAUCGGUUCUGCAACUGACACUUUCAGCAAAGGCAACACCUUCUCACGUUUUGGUGUUACUUGGUCGUCGCUUCUUACCAACAUGGCUUCAAAAUCCAGAUCCGGUUUAUCGGAAACCUCCAACAAAGCAACUCCGGCCACUCCCAACAAGGCACGGCCAUCAACUCCCAACAAAACGUCACCUGCAACUCCAAGAGUUAGUAGACUCAGCAAAGGAGUGUCCAAAUCGGAGUCAGAAUCGCCAUCACCUCUGCAAAAUUUGCGCCUCUCUGCAGAAAAAUCGUCGCCACGAGCUUCGAAUUCAAAGCCUGUCACCGAGCGCAAAUCACCAAGACCUGCAUCCACCACACCUGAUAAACAACUUCCAAGAGUUGCGAAGGGUUCAGAAUUGCAGACGCAGUUAAAUCUUGCUCAAGAAGAUCUAAAGAAAGCAAAGGAACAGCUGAUUCAGGCUGAAAAAGAGAAGGCAAAAGCGAUUGAUGAGCUGAAAGAAGCGCAGAGAGUGGCUGAGGAAGCAAAUGAGAAACUCAUGGAGGCAAUGGUGGCUCAGAAGCGGGCCGAGGAGGAUUCCGAGAUUGAGAAGUUCCGAGCCGUUGAGUUGGAACAGGCUGGAAUUGAAGCUGUUCAGACGAAGGAAGUGGAGUGGCAGAAAGAGCUGGAAAGUGUGAGGAACCAGCAUGCUUUGGAUGUGGCUUCUCUUCUCUCCACUACUCAGGAGCUUCAGCGGAUUAAGCAAGAACUUGCCAUGACUUGUGAUGCAAAGAACCAGGCACUGAGUCAUGCUGACGAUGCAACUAAAAUUGCGGAGCUUCAUGUGGAGAAAGCCGAGAUUCUUUCAGCUGAACUGAUGCAUUUGAAGGCCUUACUAGAUUCGAAGCUGGAAACCGAGGCUAGGGAAAACAAGAUUGUAUCUGAGCUGCAAACAGAGAUUGAUGCUCUUAAUGAAGAACUUGAAAAGGCAAAGGAUUAUGAUGUGAAGUUGACGGAGAAAGAAAAUCACAUUGAACAUCUUAAUGUGGAGCUUGAAGCUGCCAGGAUGGCUGAAUCUUAUGCACACAGUCUGCUAGAGGAGUGGACGAAAAAGGUCGAGGAGCUAGAAGUGAAGGUUGAAGAAGCAAAUAAGUUGGAGAGAUCUACAUCAGUGUCUUUGGAAUCAGUAACGAAACAGUUGGAAGGAAGCAAUGAGUUGUUACAUGAAGCAAAAUCUGAAAUUUCUAGUCUUAAAGAGAAGGUGGGAUUGUUGGAAAUGACAAUUGGUAGACAGAGAGAAGAUCUUGAGGAGUCAGAGCGUUGUCUUCUUGUGGCUAAGGAAGGGAGUCUUGAAUUGUCAAAGAAGGUUGAAAGUCUGGAAUCUGAACUUCAGACAGUCAAAGAAGAGAAGGCUCAGGCUUUGAAUAGGGAAAAGCUUGCAGCUUCCAGUGUUCAGACCCUAUUAGAAGACAAAGACAAACUUAUCAAUGAAUUAGAGAUCUGUAGGGAUGAAGAAGAAAAGACUAAAAGUGCGAUGGAAAGCUUAACUUCUGCUUUGCAUGAAGUAUCUGCAGAAGCCAGGGAUGCCAAGGAAAAGCUAUUAGCCAGCCAUGUGGAACAUGAAAACUAUGAAUCUCAGAUUGAAGAUUUAAAGUUGGUCUUGAAAGCCACUGAUGAAAAAUACGAGUCCAUGCUUAACGAUGCACGACAUGAGAUUGAUGUUCUUACAUGUAAUGUUGAAAAUUCCAAGAACAACAUGGAAUGCUCCAAGGCAGAGUGGGAACAGAGAGAACAUCAUCUUGUCAACUGCUUAAAUCUAACUGAAGAAGAGAACUCAUCCCUUGGAAAAGAAAUCAACAGGCUGAUUCGUUUACUCAAGGAAACUGAGGAAGAAGCUGGUGCCAAGAAGGAGGAAGAAGCACACCUAAAGGAAAAUCUCAAGGAAGUUGAGGCUGAGGUGAUCCACUUGCAGGAAGAACUUAAAGAAGCAAAGGCCGAGAGCAUGAAGUUGAAGGAGAGUCUAUUGGACAAAGAAAACGAGUUUCAGAACGUAUUUCAAGAAAAUGAAGAACUUCGAACGAGGGAAUCAACAUCUAUUAAGAAGGUGGAGGAGUUAUCUAAGAUGCUUGAUGAAGCUACGAGCAGAAAUCAGCCUGAGGAAAAUGGGGAUGUUACUGACAGUGAGAAAGACUAUGACAUGCUUCCUAAAGUAGUUGAAUUCUCUGAAGAGAACGGACACGGCGGAGAGGACUUGUCCAAGAAGGUAGAGCUUUCAUCCAAUGAAGAGGGACUCAGGCAAAACUUACAGGAAGAAAGUAUUCCCUUGGAUGACAAGUCUGAGAAAACUGAAUCUCCCAAAGCUGUGAAUGUGAAUGGAAAAGUGAAAGAAGAUGCAGAUAAAGGAAAAGAUGAUUCUGCAGAAGCAGAAUUUAAAAUGUGGGAGAGCUGCAAGAUUGAGAAAAAGGAAUUCUCUCCAGAGAGAGAACCAGAGCCUGAAUCCUUACAAGAUGAAGUUGACUCAAAGAAAGAGGGUGGUGAGGGCUUUGAGCAGAUGAAUGGAGCCUCUUUAAAAGAGAACGUUGAUGAUAGUGGGAGGAACUCACCAUCAAAGGAGCAAGUGAAGAAGAAGAAGAAGCCUUUGCUUGGCAAGUUUGGAAGCCUGCUGAAGAAAAAGGGUGGUAGCAAUCACAAAUAGUUUACAACAUUUUACCUUGGCAGGUAUAUUGAACAUUAAAUUGUUUGCAUGUAUUUGCUUUAUGAUUUUGCUUCUUGAUGAAUAGCUUUUAAAGAAUGACUGAGGCAUGUAAUAUUGUUUAGGAGUCUUACUCUAGUCACUUAUUUUGGUUGCGGUUCUCCAUGUUGACAGUAAAUUGUAUGUGUUGGAAUUAUUGUUAUUUUUUUGUCC